CCCUGGCCCCUAUGUCAGCGUGCGUGUGAUGUUGGCUGCCCUUGUUCCCGACUUGUACCAUACAGACUUUUUUUUUAUAGGCUCCACCUUAGCAUCGGUAUAAGAGUCCCACAACCCCAGGAUUUCAUUCACACCUUUUUUUUUGUUAUCUGUCUACUACACACUACCCAAGUCUCAAUCACACUAGCUGUUCACACCUUACUAUUGGCUUGCACAUUCGACAUCGUUGAAAGGGAACCUAUUGCUAUCUGUUCAAGUUCUACCUGCCUAUACCCAUCAUCGUACCUUUCUACCUUUACCACUACCACACCUCACCACCACCAACCACCAACCCGUGAGAGUCGUUCAGACAAAAAACAAACCCAACCCAACAAACAAAUAACAAACCCCCCAAUCAACCACCCAAAACCCAAACUUCAAAAAGAAAAACACAACAAUGGGCCUAUCCUACCACAUCACCGAACCACACCCCUCGAUCCCCUCGGCCAGCACAACAAUCUACUACGGCCGCGGCGGCGCAGGCAACAAAACCCGCAUCACCCCCUCAACCAUAACCCCGGGCCCCACAGCAUCGGGCCCAGCCUCGCGUCUCCCGCUCUCGCCACCCCCCUCAAACGCCCGCUUCCUCUCCGGCCGCGGCGGCGCCGGAAACGUCCACCGCGAGAAGGAACGCGCCAUGUUCAGUUUCGACGAGGAGCUUGCGCAGCAGGAGCGCCUUCGCGAGAACGCCGCACCCGUGUACCAUAUUGGGCGUGGGGGUGCGGGGAAUUUCAGCGGUGCGGGGGGAGCGGGCGUUGGGGAUGAGAGGGCGCGUAUGGGGCGUGUGGAUUCGAAUGCGAGUGACGUGAGCAGUGGGAGUGAGAGGGAGAGCAGCGGCAGUGCGGGCGGGAAUGUGAGGAGGAGUCUUGAGGGGGUUUGGGGGAAGGUUUCGAGGGGGUUCUCGAGGUAG